UCCCUUAAAUCUGUGUGUAACAGAUUGCAUCUUGAAGCCCCACACAGAAUAACAUCAGUGUCAAUGAGGAAAUAUACAGCAACACUAACCCAGAUGCUGAAUCUUGAUAAACACCAGAUGGAAUGGAUGUAUAACCAUUUGGGACACACUAAGCAAGUCCACAAAGAGCACUACCGCCAGAUGUCAGGGUUACUUGAGAGAACACAAAUCAGCAAGAUUCUCAUGGUUCAGGAUCUGAAUCUCAUGUCAAAGUUCAAAAACAAAAGAUUAGAGGAAUUGGAUAUAAAAGACAUCAUCUUUCCAGAGGGAGUUGAACCUGAUAUCACAGAAAACCUAUGUGUUCCUUUAGAUGUUCUUGGUAUAGAAGAAACAGAUACCUUGAUGGAAGCUACAAAGCAGCUUGAUGAGGAGAAAGAUGAGGAAGAAGAGCUCUGGGAAGCAGAAGUCCCGAAAAGGAAGAAGAGCAAAAGUGUGAGGAAAUACUGGUCAAUUGAAGAAGUCAAGGAGUUGAAAAAAUAUUUCGCUGAAUUCUUGAAAUCUGGCACUACGCCAAAGAGAGCAUACAUUGACACUAUAAAGAAAAAAAUUCAUGAAUGGGGGACUCCUGCAUCAGAGAGCUAACCAUCUCAUCAUAAAAAAAAUCUCCAACAUGAAUCAUGCAAAAUAAAUGCAAACCCAAGUGCACAGUUGUUACUGAAAACAGAAAAAAUGAAGGAUAUUGUUUCAUGCAGAAAUAUUCUGCUUCCAAUGUAAGAAACUUUGAAGAAAAACAUUCUCCUCAGACUUUCAGCUGUCCCGUGCAUAUUGUAGUGAUCUUAUAUUCUAAGAUAUGACAUGUCUACUUCAUAUACACAGUACUGUACCUUGUAAGUUCAGUUUUGAAUGAAAAAGCAUUUUAAGGCUAUUCGAGUCAAAGAAAGCCAUGCAGCUAUUUAGUUCUGAAAUUUAACAUAUUUUUACUGCCAAAUGGAUUUGUUUUUGUAUGAAAAUAUUGUUCCAUACAUAAAUAUCUUGUGGGUUAGUUUAUUGUAUGAGAAAGAUUGAAGAAUAUUGCUCGAUGGAGACAAAUAUUGUAUGCGUAAGAAUGCAAUGCAGAUAUUUUUUCGGCAAUAUGACAUUUUUUUAAUACCAUAUGGAUUUGUUCCACACAUUGUUGCAGAAGAUUUCUCCAUGCAUAAAAGUGCUUUACACAUACAUGUAAUUGAAAAGAUUGAAUUUCAUUUAAGAAAUUAACCUAAGGUACAAAUAAAAAUCAGUAGCAUAAGUAAAAAUAAUGCCAUUUGAUAUUUCUGUAAGGAAUAUUGACAAAUAUUGCCCUGUGCAUAAAAUGUGUUACAUUUAUUUUGGUGAGGCGAAUGUUUAAAAUGUUGGGGAGGAAGGAUUUUACUUAGACUUUCAGAUGCCAUGUGCUUUAGUGUUUUAUAAUUAAGUUACAGUGCUUUUUGUUGUUCCGAGAUUCAUGUUUGUAGUUAAUACUGUACCUUAUAUAUGGAUGUGGUUUUGAUAAACAAUUUUAUGGAACUUGCCUCAUGAAUGUUUUUGUUCAGGCGACAUAUAGGUAUUACUAUGUCGGUGUUGGCGGCGUCCGGAAAUGGUUUUCGCACGAUAACUUGAGUUCCCUUGGGUCAAUUAAACUCAAACUUCAUGUAGUUGUUCCUUACCGCAAGUGCUUCCUUCAAAUUGCUUUUCAGGUCCAAAGGUCAAGGUCACUGUUACUAUAAAUAGAAGAUCUGUUUUCGCGCGAUAACUAGAGUUCCCUUGGGCCGAUCAAACUCAAACUUUAUGUAGUGCUUCCUUACCGCAAGUGCCUGCUUCAGAUUGCUUUUCAGGCAACACAUUCAGUUCCGUGGACUUCUUGUUUAAUUUGAUCUGUUGAAUCAUAGCUAUUUACGAUUUUAAAAACAAUUAUACUUUAAUUGAUCUUUGAUCCUGUUUUCCUGUUGCAAUACUAAAA